CGAUAAGGAGCUGUGGUCCCAAAUGUUGAAGUGAGUUUAGGCCUAGUUUAGGAAUAAGACCAUCGUGAAUACUUCUCAACUCCCCCAUAAACUGGACUCUUAACUGUCCCUCAACUCGGGUCACUUCAAGUCUAGUUUACAUCCCAGUUCAGUACCACUUUAGCUCAUCGUGAAACCCCCUAUUGUCAACUUGGUUCGCGAUAUGGAAAACCCUGCCGCGGAAUGCCAUGCCAGGCUUCGACCCCGAUCUAAUAGCUUCCACGGUAAUCAUAAUGAUGUCGUCCGCUGACUUUGCACCCAUAUCGAGAGACUUGGGGAGUGCCCCCAGCAAUUGUGGCACGGUUUCAUUGCAGCAGCGAUGUAUACACAUUUCGGUGUUGGCGCUGCGUUUGUCGCAAUUAUUUCUACUCUUUCCCUUUGGAUCUUACAAGAUCACAAACCUCUUCAAGCCUCCGCGCGUUCGCUGGUCCUAUGGAUCGCCAAUUUGAUAUCAACCCUUGUCGCUAUGGUCCAAUACGAACGUUUACUCCAUCACAUCUCAUCAUCACUUUGCGCCUCUCGCUCAUAUCCUGCCAUAUCCAUGGGAUCGCCUUUGGAUACCGCCGGGUUUGUUUGGGGUUGGCGAGUGUUCUCAAGGGUCCUUGUGGGCGAAUUCACUUCCCAUGAUUUAUUCAGAGAUUUCGUUGUGAUAUCAUUGGUGUUUGGGGCCUUAGUUGCCGUGUCAUUCGCUAUCGUGCUUCAUCCUCAGGCAACCUGGGUUGGACGCGUUACCACAGUUCCCUUUCUUGUGUGUUGUUUUGCUUUGUUGUUUGUUGUAGAGGCUGUGGUGCUCCCAAGUGUUUUGUGCUGGCCGGCUGCACUCAUCUCUGGAAGCCCGUGGUUUCCGGAAUCUGGGAUUUCCUGGCGAGACUGGGACCAGCUUGCUGCAAUGAUCGGCUUCAUUUUGUCCAAAUUAUUCGAGCUUCUGCCUCCCGUCUUCGCACGUCUCGGUUUAACCUGGGAAGUGUGCUUAUUCAAGUGGCUCAGGCCGUACGCUCCAAGUUGGCUUCGGCAACGUCUGCCACAAGCACCCGACAGCAGCAUUUCCGAGAUGGUGGCCGAUGGUGGCGAGCCGGACGGCAUAAUUCAUUCGUCCCGGUUGACGUCGAAUGUGGGCAUGCAUAUGGAUGGGACGCCAGCUGGUGCGUUGCACCAAAGAGCCACAUCGGAAAUCGUCCAGAACACUGACACAUGCAACCGGUCGUCUGACGCUCCAACCCCGGAGAAUGGUUCAACCAUCGCAGCAUCAUCUGAUCCUGGGCCUUCCACAAUUCGGAAGCGCGCAGCCCGGGAUGACACAGAAGCCAGUCCACCACUAUCCACGCAAUCUCCCCCAUCCGAGUUCAAACGGCCAGAGGCAGCUCUCCUCCCAGAUGAAGUAGUAGAUCUUAUGGGUUAUCCGGGGACAGCUCUUAUGCUUGGACAGACCUGUGUAUUCUUGAGGGUGCAGUGAGACGAGAUAUCCCCUAACUAUUGGGUGUUCCCUGCCGCUCCAAUGCCUGUAUCUAGUCUGUAUUGCUUGCGUUAUGAUUUGGUCAUGGUUGUGUCUGCCCUCGAGUAUCUCUCGGUUCGGUGUACUGCAUGUGACCGCGCCACACUCUCGGCCGCACGAUGACAGCGAGUCGGAUACUGCGACAGAAAAUU